GACCCUGCCGCUGGCGAGAUGUUUCAGCGCACCGCGAGCAUGCGGCGCGCGUUGGCAUUGUCGAAGACGCAACCACUCGCGGCGACGAUCAACCCCUCCAUGAGGAAUGUGCUGCAGGACCGCGUGCUGGACGACAGGGGCCGUGCAAUCUCAGAUGGCCAGAGCGACUUCGCUCUGUCACUCAGCCUCGCUGUGUCUGGGGGGGCGCUCGCGGUUGGGAUUUUUACGGGAAAGGUGGACUCGUCGACGUUUGCGUUGUGGCUGGCGCCCAGGGGGUCCAAUUGGACAGGGGCCGAAACGAAGGCUGCGCGGCAGGUGUUCUUCGACCUGGUGGAGCUGGAUUCGGCCCGUGUGUUCCCCGUCGCGGCGGACAAGGAUUGGGCCGCCGCCGCUGCCGUCGCUGCCUCUGGCGCGCCCGAGGAAAGAUCGAAGACGGAGCGUCGGAUUCAGCGCGAGCGUCGUAACGCGGUCGACUUGGAGGACGCGGACUCGACUGUUCCAGACAAUAAGGAGGACAGCGAGUCGACCGAUUGCGCGUCAUCCGAGGUGCACGUCCGCGACGUUGCCUGGCCCGGGGGCUCGCGCAUGCGGCUAUGCAGCAGUCGCAUGGCGAGUGAGCGGCGGAGGCGCUUGUCGGAGUUGAUCGCGAGGUUGGAGGGCCAGUGCUGCCCCGCCCCUCUUCCGAGCGAGUUCCUAACUGGCAUCCCGCGCGCGAGCGACGGCGGGAAGAGCCAGGGCCAGCUUUUCCCCGUGUUGCGGGCCUUCGCGUCGACCGAGAUGCACUUCCUCGGCGUGCUCAAACGAGAGUUCGACGGCGAGGGCUUUGACCGCAAUCGUUUCUUUUGCAGAGCUAUUCCGAGCCUGCAACCUGCCUCUGGCGGUGAUCACCGCGUAGAGUGCGCGGGCCGAGAACGUCCUAUUUGGGCUGUGCUACUGCACGCUUGGGGGGUGCAGGCCGCCCCCGAUUUCUUGAUGCGCUCAGUCAAAGGGCGCGACGGGGGGGCGAGACUGGUCGAGGAGGGCGACGGGGUGCCUUUGGAGGAGGACGUCCGCCACCCAGCGUUCUGGCGGUUUCAGUUCGCGAGGACCGACGCCUUGCGGCGCUGGCUAUACUGGAAGGGGCCCGACGAGUGGCUCACAAUGGAAGAGGUCGAUUGGGUUUUGAACCAGCGUGGCGGCCAAACGCUGCUGAUCCGCAGGGUCGUCGCAGCCUCUGGCGCGCCUAAGUUUGAAAUCGGGUCGGGAACCGUUGUUACGCUCGCAGAGAUGUUCUACCACGGAUGGCCGUUUUGCAUUGCCUUCGACAUCUACAAGUUGUACAUGGACCUGCCCAUCUUCAUCCACAAGCACAG